UGUAACAGCUGUUCGGGAUUAAUGCACGCGGCUCUUCUUUUUUUUUUCUCCCUCGCGUCACAUCAAAUUCUACUGCACCGUGCACGUAACGGCAAUUAAACGAUUCGUUUUCACCAGUGCCCGUUCAAACGUAUUCACGCGCGCCGUCGAAUGUCCGAAUUCGUCGAAUUAAUCUUAACGAUCCGAGAGGUCUAGAAAUGACUAGUUACCUUGUUAAAUUGGAUCACUGCACACGCGGGAACAAGUGCAUCGAUACUCGUACCAUAGAACUGGUUGAAUCUGCUUUACUCAUUGAGGAAGAGCCGUUCCAUAUUUCUCUCCGUCUCUGUCGGGAUUAACUAGAGAAAAACGAUAGACACCUCGCUCGCAAUGGGAUAAUCGCGGUAGUUGCGUAUGAUUGCCGGCGGGCGUGUAUGUGUAUGUGUAUAUGUAUAUGUGUGUGUGUGUGUACAUCUGGUAUAUGCGAGAAUACGUGAACACCGCUGAAGCGAGCGAGAAGCAAGGAAACAAAGACGACUGGUUGAAUCCUGACAGCGAAUUGGGGAAUUUCAUUCGUCUCUGUUCCGUUGGCCGCGAGUGGGCCAAAUUUGCUCGGCCCUGUUCGGCAACGUUGUAGACUCAACGUCAGGGAAUAUUCGGAGAGACAGCGAGAGAGAGACAGAGACAGAGACAGAGACAGAGAGAGAACGCUCUAACCGGCAAGUUCUUCGCUAAUGUCAAAGGGUCGCGCUUAUGGUACCAUGAAGUUGCACUGUAAAGCGGAAGCGGAAACCUUGGAACGACGAGAGCUUCCCUUUAGGUCGGUCAGAGGAUAAGAAACGACCGCAAAAUGUUGAUAAAGGAGUAUCGGAUACCGCUGCCUCUCACGGUGGAGGAGUAUCGAAUCGCUCAGCUUUACAUGAUAGCGAAAAAGUCCCGGGAGGAGAGUCAAGGAGCGGGCAGCGGUGUAGAGAUCAUUGUAAAUGAACCGUACAGCAAUGGUCCUGGCGGAAAUGGACAGUACACUCAUAAGGUUUAUCACGUAGGCAGUCACCUUCCAGAAUGGUUCAAAAGUUUGCUACCUAGGUCGGCGUUGAUCGUUAAAGAGGAAGCAUGGAACUCCUAUCCCUAUACGAAGACCCGUUACACUUGCCCUUUCGUCGAGAAAUUCUCCAUUGAAAUAGAAACGUACUAUUUUCCUGAUAAUGGAUUUCAGGAGAAUGUGUUCAAGCUUAGCGGUAGUGAUCUGAGGAAUAGAAUCGUUGACGUGAUCGACAUCGUUAAGGACCAGUACGUCGGUGACUAUGUCAAAGAGGAGGAUCCUAAGUUGUACGUGUCUCAGAAAACUGGCAGAGGUCCGCUCACGGAGUCAUGGUUGGAAGACUACUGGGCAGAUGUGAAAGGAAAGCAACAACCAACACCGUCCGGAAAGUCUUUAAUGUGCGCCUACAAGCUUUGUCGCGUAGAGUUUCGCUACUGGGGCUUGCAAACAAAGUUAGAAAAGUUUAUACAUGAUGUAGCCCUACGGAAAACCAUGGUGCGAGCCCACAAGCAAGCUUGGGCUUGGCAGGACGAAUGGAACGGCUUAACCAUGGAGGACAUUCGGGAAAUCGAAAAGCAAACUCAACUGGCGUUGCAGAAAAGAAUGGGUGCCGUGGAAGGAAGCGAAGAAUCGACGAACGAGAACCAAGAGAAAACAAACUCUAACGCGACUCCGCAAGACUCAGAUGUUGCUGCUACUCUGGCGGCUACUCUUGGCAGCAUCGAAAAGAACGAAGACCUUCAGAGUCCACCGAGUGUCAGGAAAUCUUCUGAAAUAUCCGCGUCGAAUACAGCUGCCAGUUCCGAGGGUGAAGCCAGCCCUGAGGACUCUCCAACCGAAGUACCUGAACUUAGAAGUGCUCCUGCUGAGGAUAAAGGGGAUGCUAAGAAAGGAUGGAAAAAGAAUAAAACGGCGGUCCAUUCGCCUUGCUCGAAUAAAAGUUUUGACAUGCAGAUUGCGAAUUGGCGGAUGGAGAGCAUCGUCAGAGAAUCUGAAUCCGGUAGCGAGGAAGAAUUCUUCGAUUGUCAAGAGGACUUUGGAGAUAACUCUUCAUUAGCUAAAUGGAGUUCUUUGGAUCUUCUAGCAGAAGAGGAGGACAAUACGUUCGCUUCGACCAUUACCGCAGAUAAAGAAGAUGACACGAUAUUCUCGCCUUCUUAUCUUCAACGAAUGGCUUGUGAACGUAGCAGUAAACGAUUACAGAUCUCCACAUCGACUAGCAUCGACGUUUCCUGUCCAACUUCGCCUCAACAUUCUCCGACGCAUCAACCAUGCAAGACUACAGUGCUCCUUAUUGUGAUGCAUGCGGGAAGCGUGUUAGAUGCCAACGUAGACUUGACUGCGAAAAAAUCGGAUAUCACAACAUUCAAAGGGGCCUUUGAGUCAGUUAUGAGACAACACUACCCUAGCAUGGUUGGUCACAUUGCUAUUAAGUUCGUCUCUUGCCCUUCAAUUUGCACCGAAGGUCUUGGCAUUCUAUCAAGUUUAAGUCCGUAUAGCUUUGAUAUAUCACCUUCUUCCGUGGACGCCCCUCAAGUGACCAAUGACACUAUUCCAAUCGGUGCGAUACCAUUGCUUGCCAGUUCAACCCCCGAAUAUCAGGACGCAGUUUCGCGAGUCAUAGCUGGAGCUAAUCAAGUUUACAAUGAAUUCAUAAAAAGCGAAGAGGGCCGUGGCUUCACGGGACAAAUUUGCUUCAUAGGGGACUCAGUAGGAGCAAUUUUAACUUACGACGCUUUGUGUAGAUCAGCACAGUCUAGACAUAAUAGUGAGAACAAUAUUUUGGAUAGCCAAAACGUUGAGUGUAACGACGAUGGGAGACACUUGACAGCACCUUCUCCCAGAAGAAAAUCUUCUAGCAUAAGUGAUCUUCAACAUUGUAAAUUGGACUUUGAAGUAGGAGAGGUUUUCAUGUUCGGUAGUCCACUCGCUUUAGUUCUGGCGUACAGAAAAAUUUCUGCAGGCGGCGAUAAGAAUAGUAAUAUAAAAAGACCGUUGGUGAAUCAACUAUACAACUUAUUCCAUCCUACUGAUCCUGUAGCUGCUAGAUUAGAGCCUCUGAUCUCUGCAAGAUUCUCUCUACUUCCACCAGUUAAUGUGGCUCGGUAUCAAAAGUACCCACUCGGGAAUGGUCAACCGUACCAUCUGCUGGAAACAAUUCAAUCGAACCCACAAUUAUUCACGGAUGGUCUAAACAUUCCAAACAUGUCCAUGUCGCAUAUAAGAAGGCUAUCCGAUAUAUCGAUUCAUAGUACUAUAUCCGGUAUGGUUGAGAAUAUUCCUUUACAAAUAGUAUCCACGUUGACACAGAAAUGGUGGGGCACAAAGAGACUAGAUUACGCGCUUUACUGUCCAGAAGGUUUAGCAAAUUUUCCUACGAACGCUUUGCCUCAUCUUUUUCACGCCAGUUAUUGGGAGUCUUACGACGUCAUAGCGUUUAUUCUACGACAAUUAGGCACAUUUGAUUUGCCAAUACUCAAUAACGAAGAGAAAGAAUUAUCUAGCUUCCGUCCAGGUCAACCCAGAGAGAAGUGGAACAAGAAGCGUACCUCUGUUAAACUAAAGAAUGUUGCUGCCAAUCAUAGAGCGAAUGAUGUAAUUAUUAGAGAAGGAGCACCACAAGUGUUGGUUGCUAGAUUUAUGUACAGCCCGAUAGACGUCAUCGCAUUAACAGGUGAAAAAGUGGAUAUCCAUAUCAUGAAGGAUGCUCCGGCAGGAGAAUGGACGUACUUAUCAACAGAAGUGACUGAUAAAAAUGGUAGAAUAACAUAUAGGAUACCAGACGACAAAGCAUUUGGUUACGGAUUGUAUCCGAUUAAAAUGAUCGUCAGAGGUGACCAUACAUCGGUAGACUUUUUCUUGGCUGUGAUUCCACCGAAAACAGAGUGUGUAGUAUUUAGCAUAGAUGGUUCGUUCACUGCAAGCAUGUCCGUUAGUGGGAAAGAUCCGAAAGUUAGAGCGGGAGCCGUAGAUGUUGUCAGGCACUGGCAAGAAUUGGGUUACUUAAUUAUUUAUAUUACCGCGAGGCCUGACAUGCAACAGCAGAAAGUCGUUUCUUGGUUGUCUCAACACAAUUUUCCUCACGGUCUUGUAUCCUUUGCGGAUGGUCUGUCGACAGACCCAUUAGGCCAUAAAGCCGCGUACUUAAACAGAUUGGUGCAGGAGCACGGUGUGAUAAUUCAUCACGCGUACGGCAGUAGCAAAGACAUUAGCGUUUACACCGCGAUUAACCUUAAGCCGAGUCAGAUUUUCAUCAUUGGAAAAGUGCCAAAGAAACACCAUCUUCUGGCCACGAUUCUCCACGACGGCUAUGCCGCUCAUUUGACCAUGCUACAGGCUCACGGGGGCUCGAGGCCUGCUCAGGGUAACGCUCGCAUGGUGAUCCCAAGAGGUCAGUUCGGUUUACCCGGGCAAAAUGCUUCUCUACGGCGGAGAAGCUCUUUCAGACUGGCUAAGCGUGCAAUAUCCCAGCCCAUCCCGAGCAAGAUGAUGUUGCCUUUGGAACGAUCGACGAGCGUCGGACCUCCGAUUUCACCUCAAACCGCGCCAGCCAUCAGAUCCACGGCACCGGAGAAACUCUGACGAUUCGCUCGCUGCCGGUCGUUCUUCGAAUCCCGGCGGUGAAUGAUCAUCAUCUCGUACCGCGAGGAUCUUCUCUAGAACAAAGUUAAACCAAAGAAGUCCUCGGUAUAUUUCAAUCGACACAUGCUCAACAAUCUAAAGAAGAUCUAACUUUGUUACUCCACUUUUAUAUCCACUAUGUAUACCUGUAAAUUGUAUCCCGGGGUUAAUUGACACGAUCAGAUUCGGAGCCGGGACACGAGUUCCGGGAGUCGAGGCGCGCUACAGACGUCCUCCGGGCAGCAUCUCUCUCCAACGGUCACGAGGCGGCUCGAACGUACGAGGACCUCCGUCUAAAGAGGAGGAUCACACGGUGCCCUUCGUUAAACGAUCAAAUUGAUACUCUUCAUGCGUUGCGAUUGAUUUUUCUAUCGGCGAUCGGAGACCUUUCCCCCUAGAGACCUUUUAACGACACUAUCGAUAACCACCAGAGGAAUAUUCUAUUGGUAAAUAGUGUCUUUUGCAAACCGUGAUCGAACAUGAUCAAAAUUUUUGAUAAAAUAGUGCAACGAGUGAAAGUGACUAGUUCCUACUGUGAAUGACGAAUAAGGGGGUACGUUUUCCUUUUAGCGAAGAACCACGGUUUGUAGAAGAGGUGUACCGUUUUCAGUCUAGCGAACAAAAAUCGUCUAUGUAUGUACAAUCAUCUUUUACCGCAGUUCAAAGCCUCUCCUCUGUUAGUAAUUUCUAAGGAGUAUAAGAAUUCGUUGAAAUUGUUACCUGAUUAACCCUUCGCCAUUGUCGAAGGACGAUUGACAUUCAUCGUUACAUUGUUAGCUUAAGUGAGGUAGCUCGUAAGCCUUGUUAGUACUCUAUUACCAGGAACUAAUAGUGAUGCAUACUGUCGCGGCCAAGUUCCUUCGGUGCUAUGUCAUUUCCAAUGUACUCUUCGUAUCGAUUUCCUAUAUAGAGAGAACAGAAGAGGGGGAUAUGAUGAUUAUCGUAAAAGUGUAACACCGUUUUGUAUGUUGUUUAUAGAGCAGAUCCAAGGGUGAUCCCCGAAAACGUUGGUACAAAGACGCUUCCCUCUUAACGCGUAGUUUCCAUGUCAUCGGCGACCGGCGGAUUGUAAAUAAACGUGAAAGUGUACAUACGAAUAGUUUGAGAUGUUCAUGGGUAACGAUAUAGAGUAUAUAAUUUCCUAGCUAGCCGCGCGCUUCGUCAACGGUAAAUGCUGUCCAGAUGAUAAUAAAAGUAGCCCCCGCUCCGCAUCAGACAGACGGACAGGAUUUUCGGCGAGAACGCGUCGAUCGUUGGUCGAUCGGUACGUUUCUCUCGUGAAUUGCGCGCUUAACGUUUCUGGUUAGAUGAAUAUUCGCCCGGCGUUAUAUCGAGCCAGCUCUGUUGGCUCGAAUAUGCGUAUGAUUUUUUGUAAUAUUCUCAGAAAUUUCAAUUAUUCGAUCACUCGCUGUUACGACUACUCGCGACGAUAGUUACUCCUCGGAGAGCAAUAGAAGAUUAUUGAAUUCCCAACUAUUUUAAGCGACGAUGUCUAAAAAGGAAACGCGUAGACCAGUGAUGAUCCACGGAUCAUUACGGACGACGGGGCGACGAUCUCUUCUUUUAUUUUCCUGAAAUGCGUGGUUCGUUGUCAGCCGGAAUUAAAUGGAUAAUCGAUUAACUCAUUGUUGUGCCAUCAUUGUUCCUUGACUGUUUCAAUGAUACCGUAGUCAGUCGAAGGUCUGCCAUUGAUAUAGUCCUUGCGCGACGCGAAGGAUCCGUGUAUUAUUUAUCCGCGCUGUCUUUGCUGUGAUGUGGUAACGAUGAUAAAACAAAUUUAUCGAUGAUAACUAAACUACUGACUGUUUGUAUCGUUGUAAAGUGGCAUGAACAUAGUAUACAGAUACGAGAUAUACCUGUGGUGGUGUAUUUAUAUAUACGUAUGCGUCUAUCAGAAUUUGACCGUGUACAUGUAUACAUAUGUAUGUACAUAAUUGUGUACACGCGUGUACAGGGUGUUCAGGCAAACGACUCGCUUUGUUGGACCGUCUUCCGGGUGCGAGAGCAACCUUGAAGUAAAAAAGUAUUAAUAGAGAUUUUACAAUGGAACGUAUCCUAGAUUUUACACUGUGCAGUCCAAUACGAAAUGAAUCGUAAUAUUCCUUAUUUGGAUAUCGGAGACGUAUUAUUUUACUUGUUGCUGGACUGUCCAAUAGAGUUAUUCGAAGAACACUCUGUACAUGCGUGUGUACGACGCAAUAAAUGUUUAAGAUAUAUGACAUAUAAUAAUGUAUUAUAUAUAUUGUAUAUUUAUUUAUUUGUAGAUGUAUAAGUGACUGCGAAGAUAUUUUACGGAUGAAUGAUUAUUCUCACUGGUAAUAAGAGUUAUAUUUUUGUUAGCGUAACUUAAAUGACGUAUUGUAAUAACAAAUCAAGGGUCAUUGUUUUAUAUUAUGCGACCUCGCUAUAACGUAAUCGAUUGUUUUAUAUACCGUUGACACGUGACCUUUUUUUUAAUCAGCCGCAGCGGAAUUGGAUCUCAAGACUUCUGAAUACAAUGCCUGGCUGAGAAAACUGUAGUCCACUUUCUUCAUUGGGUAUUGCAAUA